GGAGUGUGAGGGCGUGAGUGUGUGAGGGCGUGAGGGCGGAAGCUUGGGUGGGGGUUUAGGGAGCGUUGUAAACGAAGCAUGAUUGGUAGUUGUUGAGUGGUGCAAUUCAGGGGGUGGAGGAAUUGUUGACGAGUAGGAGAUUUUUGACAUCGAGUCUGUGAAUAAUGCACCUCGAACGACGAGUGCGCAGAUCAUGGCGUCGUUUUCAGGGGGUGGUAGUUACAUGGGAAAUAAUUCGUCUUUGUUCUCGGGGAUGCAGUCGUUCGGGUCUCAGCCGCAGUCUGUUGGGAUACAGCAACAGCAUCCGCAGCAAGUGAGUCCCUUGCAGCAGGGGCAGCAGCCUAUGCAGAAUUUGGGGGCGGGUUUUGUUGGGUGCCAGUACAUGAUUAGUAGCCAACAGAGCUUAGUGCAGUCGCAGUCCCUUUUGCAUGGGCUCGGAUUCAGUCCUAGCCAGGGGCUUGCGCCGUCGCGUUUGUUAGGUCACCUCACGCCGGCAGAAGAGAAUUGGGUAGGGCGGGAUGGAGAUGCUACUCGGAACGGUGAAAGGUCUCUUGGUGGAGGUCCGAGUGACAGUGGUGAUUCGAGUACGGGUGAGGAAGAUCGUCAACUGGGAAGGAAAGAGAAACUGCGUGAAGGAGGGAAUCCUGAGGAGAAGACGCGGAAAACUUUUAAGGAUACGCGGAUUAGAGAUAUUGAGAAGGAGGAAGAUAAAAGUGACGGAUUUAGGGAUAAUGGAGAACCGUCAAACACACCAAGAACUGAUUCCAAGAUAAGAAGGGAAAGACAAAAACACAGCAAGCGAGAACGAGAUGCAGUUUCUGAUGCCCGACUGUUGGAGAAUAAGAACGAUUUGUUUCUUGAAUCGUCCUCAGACUCUGGGUCUAGCAGCGAUGACUCAGACAAGGACGAAAGGGAGGGCUGGAACAAGAAACGGAAGCGCACUGGUCAGGAUGCUGAUGGAAAUUCCACGUGGACAGAUGAAUCUGUAAAGUUCCUUUUUGAAACCUAUGAUGCUAUACACCAACGACUAUGGGAAGAAAGCAAUGGUCAUGUCAAAUAUCAGAAGAAAUGGACGCCUAUCUUAAAAGCCAUGCAGGAUAAGUUUGGCAAGCAUUUUUCUAAAAAGCAAUGCCAGAGCAAAUACUGGAGCGUAAGGCGUGAGUGUGCGGAUUAUAGAAACAUGUCAGCCAAAGCUGCACAAUCUGAUCCAUGUUGGAAUCCUAGCAUCGCGGGAAGAGAACUUCUUAAGCCGAAGUUUUACGAUGUUUGGUUCGAAGUUUCUGGGAAGAAAGAGGAUGUCUCGACAAAUUUAAAUUCGACGAAGGCUACUGUUGUCAAAGAUGGGAAACAUUCCUUCCGUGACCCUAAGACGUCAAUGUACAAUGUUUCGCGGAAAGUUGUUGGAAAGGAUGGCCAAUCGACGAAGCACAAAGUUGAAGAUUGCGGCAGUGCAUUGAAGAAAUUGCAGCAGCUUCUGCAACUACAGCUCCAGGCUUCAGAAAAGAGGGAGGAGGCCAUGAAGUUCCGCACAGAGCAGAUGAUGGAUCUUUUGACGCAGCACAUGGAGCAUGUGGAGAGAAGAGUUAACAGUUUAGAUGAAGUUCGCCAACCCCAACUUUACCUUCUACAGCGUGUUAACCACAAACUGGAAAAAGUGCUUGAAGGCUUCACUGCUUUGAACGAAACUUUGUCCAUAGUAGCAUUUAAAUCUAAUCAGAAGCCGUCAUCCUUGGGAUGACUAUUCGCUUCGUCCUCUUGUGUAAAAUAGGUGGCAUGGAAACUAACCAAUUUUAUUUGGCUUGCUUCCAGAUAGAAAAGUUACUGAUUUGUGUCUGACAGGUGAUCCUUCGUACAUAUCGUUUUUUUCUUUUUCAGUGCAGUUGGCCUUAAAUGUUUGUUUAUACGUUAACAUUCAGUAGCUCUAUUCUCAGUGCCUCCUUUCUUCAACUUCCAGUAGGAGAGAAUAUGAACUCGGAUUGAUGUAAUCAGGUAUAAAGCAUAAAGACAAAGAAGCCCUUUCAAUAGUUAAAAUCAUUGCUUUAUAUUAUUUUGAAAUGAAAUAUAUAUUUUUUGACAUUUUC